AUGCGGUCUGGCUUGGAUAAACCUGGUGCUCUUCCACUCCUCAUCCUCAUUGUGUUUUCGCUUCUCACAUUGGUGCCGUCACUACCGAGUCUCUACCACUCGAAGUUUGCGGACUUCAGCUUCUACACCGGCGCAGUUCGCCAUGUCCCUCUCCUUCAAGAUGGUGUCACCGAAUUAGCACCGAAAGCACCGCCGCUCAACGAGCCUCGCAAAUCAUGGGUUCUUGCUGCGUCACAUCGAUCGCGAGGUAAUCGCCCACCCGUUACUGCGCGGGUUGGAAAUGCCGCUGUGGUCCCGCCCAGCGAAACGACCGCUGUCGCAAAUAAAAGUCGACUUGCAUCGUCAACCCGCGAAUCCUCAUUUUCAUUCAGUCGCAGAGCCCGCGCAUUCAGAACCUACUUCAUCCAGCAAUUAGACGACUACCCAUUCCUCGCCUCAUUUUCCAACCGCAGCCUAGUUACGGGCUUGACGCAUCCGGAUUCUACCAUCACCAUCAAUGAAUCCCUACCAACCGCAUCCGACAUCGAAUCUCUUCCAAACAUCUUGUCAUAUAAUAAUUCCUCCGACAGCAUACAGACGCCAUUGUUGCCAUCUCCUGCCUCAUUCCGCGACAUGUUCCAGCAGGCCUGUCAUGUCGCCAUUGAUUUUGGAAAGCGCGUCGGACUCCACGGAGCAAAUUAUGCGAAAUCGAUAUUCCCCGCGGAGCAGAUCAACGGCGCUUCUAAAUUAUUAAUACCCGAAUCCACAAUUCCCAACGCUGCCGCCUCAAAUCAAGACCUAAUCACCGCAUCUGAGCAAGCACCGCCCCAACAAAAAGUUGGCGCUGAGGAUUCCACCGAUGCUGCCGCUGGUCGGCACUCACAUGAGCUCCAUGGAAGCUGUAUGGCCGUUGUGAUCGGUCUCGUUGCAGGCAUCAUGUGGUUCUAG